UCGCGUCAGUUCAGCCCGUGUUUCUGGGGUGUAACGCAGGCUCAUGUGACGCUGUCUCGGCGGAAGUUUCUUUUGGGUUUCUUGUGGAUUUGUGAGAUUGUCUGCCAGUGACAAACACGGCUAUACAAACACCCGGAAAAAACAACGAAACCACGAGCGAAACAAGCGCGUGAUGAGAAGAAAACUCCUGUGAGGAUCCUCAGAGACAUCAGCGUCCUGUAAUAUUUUGCAGUGUUGGGUUAUGUCUGGGAGUUCCCAGCCCGUGGCAGAGUGGUUGAGCGUGCUCCGUCUGGACCAGUACUCCUCUGCAUUUCAGGAGGCCGGACUGGACACAUUGUGGGAAUGUCAGGAUUUGACGUCUGCGGAACUGCACCAGAUGGGCGUGGCUCUUCCUGGCCACAGGAAGCGGCUUCUCGGCAGCAUACGCAAGCGGUUUCCUACGACGGUGGGUACAGAGGAAGAUGAGGAGAGAGAGGAAGGCAGACCUGUUCCCAGAGAGAGGACAAAGUUCAAAGCAGCCUCGGGAUCUGACAAGAAGGACGACAUAAUCCGCGCCACACUGCCUCCUGUGCCUCCUCGGGUCACGUCCAAUCGACCUCCGGUGCCCUUUACACCUAAAUCCACGGUGACAACCUCUGACCCUAACAUGGCGAGGAACGCUACGCAACCACCAAUCGCACCUGCGCCGAGAGAAAUGCCCAUCCCUGCCGAGCGACGCAAACCCACCCCUGCCCCGAGGCCACGGCCAGAACCCCUGUCUCUGAAAGGGGAAGUGCGGAAUAGCAGGAGGAAACUAUCACCCGUGUCACCCACUCUCUCCCGCUCUUCAUCAUCGUCCACCUCCUCUUCCUCAUCUGAUCGCUUCCACCUGUAUGAACAGUGUUCCUUAGCUGCUCAGGGAGAACUGGCUCCGCCUCUUCCUCCCAAGAGCUAUGCCGUGGGUGUCUCCAUAGAAUCCACAGAUGCCCAGUUGCCUCCUCGGGUUCCUCACAGACCUCACGUUCCUCCUCCACGAGUCUCUGUCAAUCCCGGCAGCCUGUCAAGUUCCAGCUCUACAGCAGAUGAUCUUCUGGAUCCGGAUCAAUUCCCAGAUUUUCCCCAUCAGAUCAGACUUCAGAGCGAGAGCCCGAGGAGAGCAGUGCCACCGCCAGCGCUCGUCAACGAAUUGGAUUCAGUGGGCAGUUCAGAUGAAUAUGACGAUAAGGAUCACAAUCUCAGCAGGGACGCUCAACUCUUAGAUAUGGCCAACAAGAUGUCCUUGAUGGUUCCCAAGGUGAUGAAACCUCGAUACAGCAGCAUCUGCAGUGAUGAGGAGCUUCUGGAUGAUGAUAGCGAAUGUUAUGAAUCUAUAGCAGAAAAACGAGGAUCAUGGAGUGAAGAUUUUGGUUCGAUCUCCAGUUGUCAGAACAGCAUCUACCUGCCAGUCACAGGUCAUGUUAGUGUUCCGCUCCCUCAAGAGGACUUGGGCUCUACUCUCACCCCUGUCAUUAAAAUGGGCUGGCUCUACAAGAAUCCUCCUCAGGGGUCUCUCAUCUACCAGCGCCGUUGGGUCAAACUGGAUGCUGAAUACCUGAGAUACUUUGAUACUGAGAAGGACGUUUACUCAAAGAGGAUCAUACCAACUGCCUCCAUCACAGGGAUGGUCAACGUGGGCGAUCAGAAGUUUGAAGUCGUGACACACAAUCGCACUUUUCUGUUCCGAGCCGAGAGUGACGCAGAGAGAAGCGAGUGGGUGACCGUGUUGAAGAAUUGUACUGGAGCAUCUCGGACACAAGCAGGUCUGGAUUUGACCUUUAACCCCAGUACGACCUCUGAGAUGAGAGGUUAUCUGGAGCUGCGUGGUCUGCGCUCUAAACUCUACACUGUGGUGUGUGGAGAUAAAGUCUAUCUCUACAAGAACACUGAGGAUUAUCGUCUGGGAAUAGGAAUCACUUCUAUUGAUAUGAACGUUGGGAAUGUGAAGGAAGUGGACAGAAGAGCGUUCGAUCUGACCACACCGUACCGCAUAUUCAGUUUCAUAUCAGAUACAGAGCAGUUAAAGGAGCAGUGGGUGGAGGCGAUGCGGGACUCGAUCGCAGAAGCGUUGUCUAACUUUGAAGUUGCUGAGCAACUCUGGUCAUUGCCAGCCAAUCAGAUCUGUGCGGACUGCGGCACGGCCAAGCCUGAGUGGGCGGCCAUCAACCUGUGUGUGGUUUUCUGUAAACGUUGUGCAGGUGAACAUCGUGGGCUCGGUCCGAGCAUAUCUAAAGUACGGAGUCUCAAAAUGGACAAGAAGGUUUGGACUGAAGAUCUGAUUCAGUUGUUCCUCGCGCUAGGAAAUGAGCGAGCCAAUCAGUUUUGGGCAGCAAAUGUCCCUCCCAGUGAGGCUUUAGCUGUCGACAGCAGCAGUGAAGAGAGACGUCGCUUCAUCACGGCAAAAUACCGGGAAGGGAAAUACCGCAGAUAUCAUCCCCUGUUCGGUAACCAGAGAGAACUCAACAACGCGCUGUGUAUUAACGUUCAGUCGAACGAUGUGUGUGAGACGCUGGCUCUGGUGUUCUGUGGCGCUGAUGUGAACUGUGACACCGGUGACCCGGACCUGCCCUCUCCCGUCACCCUCGCCCAGUAUCACGGCCAGAACCCACAGGUGGAGCUCCUCACCCAGAACCGCAACACAGAGCUCCCGAGGUCAGAGGUGGAGGUCGCCAUAGAUACGGUACACUACAUGGCCCCGCCCUCCAUCACACACAAUGGCUUCCUGUUUAAGACCGCCUCCAUGGCUCGUCCGAUCACAGAGAAGAAGAGUAAGGAAGAGUUCAGUCGUCGCUGGUGUGUGCUGAACGACGGACAUUUCAGCUACUACGAAAGUGACAAAAACGCUACGCCUAAUGGAGGUCUGAAGAUGAGGGAGAUUGUGUGUCUGGCUGUCAAUCCUGCAGAGGCUCAUGGGUUCGAUUGCACGUUCGAGCUGUACUCAGAUUCUGAACGCUUGUAUCUCUUCGGCACUGAUAAUCCCGAGGCAGCACACGAGUGGGUCAAAUCCAUCGCCAGGUCGUUUAUUCCUGUGGCCGCUGAAGUUCUGCUGCUGAAAGACUUUGAGCGCAUCGGUCGGCUGCGAUAUAAAGACGGACUCAAUCUGGAGACGUCUAGACUGGGCUGGUUCUGUCUGGUGGGAUCCAGUCUCCACAUCUGUCUGGAGGAGCACAACAGAGACGAGACCAUCGACCUGCAGAAGCUCCUGGAGCUGUCGAUUCAGCCAGAAAAUGACGUCCUGGUGCUGGUGGAGAGAGGCAGGACGCUGUACAUCGAGGGCGAGAGGAAGCUGGAUUUCCAGGGCUGGGCCUCAGCAAUCCAGAGAGCGGCCGGGAGUUCUGGAGACACGCUGAGCCUCCAGCAGCUGACAGAAGCAGAUAUUCCCGUCAUAGUGGAGCGCUGCAUUCAUUUCACCACACAAUACGGUCUGAUCUCAGAAGGAAUCUACCGCAAGAGUGGGGUGAACAGUAGGAUCGCCGCCCUGCUGGAGGAUUUCAGACGUGACGCCAGGUGUGUGUGGCUGAAGGAGGGCGAACAUCAGGUGGAUGAUGUCUCCAACGUCCUCAAGAGGUUCUUCAGAGACAUCGAGGAGGGAUUGUUUGGACAGCAGUCGCACAACUGGCUUACCACUACAGCAAUUUCAGACGAGAGCAGCAGGAUGUCACAGUAUCAUGUUCUGUUCAGUAAUCUGCCGAGAGUGAAUCAAGCGACACUACGAGCUCUAGUGAAUCAUUUAUACUGUGUCCAGCGGUUCUCGGAUCUCAAUCAAAUGAACCUUCAUAAUCUGGCCAUCGUGUUCGGGCCGACACUCUUCCAGACGGACGGGAAGGACUACAACGCCGGCCGUGUCAUCGAAGAUCUCAUCCAACACUACGUCACCAUAUUUGAUGUGAAUGAACAGCAGCUGAAGAGGCAGUUAGAUGAAAUCACAUACAUCAUUAAACUGAGAGAGAACCUCAACCCUAAAGCAGGACCCGCCAGCGGUGAUUUUAUUUGUACAGUUUACCUGGAGGAGAAGAAGGAGACGGCUGAGCAGCAUGUGAAGAUUCCCGCCACUAUGACGGCAGCAGAACUGACGUUUGAGAUUCUGGACAGACGGAAGAUCAGCGUGAGAGAGAAGGACUACUGGUGCUGUUUUGAGGUCCAUGAGAAAGAGGAGAUAGAGCGGCCACUGCACUAUCAAGAGAGAGUUCUGCCCAUCGUUCAUUCUCUGAGGACAGACAGCUACCUGCUGCUGAAGAAACACUUCUCGAUGGAAGCCAUGCUCGUCUACCUGGCCAGUAAAGUGGAGGUGUCUAAACACGGUAUGAUGAAGUUUAAAGAGGAGAGGAAUCUACUGGGUCUGAGCACCGGAAGCUUUCAUGAUCGAUACUUCAUCCUCACCACCGCAUCGCUCAGACUCUAUAAAGACGUGCGGAAUCUACAAAAGCUACACAAUUCAGAGCUGCAGUGUAGUAAUCGUCCAGAGAGGGAGUGGUCAGUCAAGUGUCUGAAGGUCUAUCAUGGCAUUAAAAAGAAGCUCCGCCCCCCUACAUGUUGGGGUCUGACAGUGAUCUAUGAAAGUGAGAAACAUGAGAAGCAGGACAGACAGCAGUGGUAUCUCUGCUGUGAUACACAGACUGAGAUGAGAGAAUGGUUCGCCACAUUCCUGAGCAUACAGAACGGAGGUCACGUGUGGCCGACCGAGUGGUUGAAAUCCCGCACAGUGAGUCGCUCCACGCCUCUGGACGCUCGUUUCGGUAACGUGUCUCUGAUUCCUCUGCGCGGCAGUGAGAACGAGAUGAGGAAUAGUGUCGCCGCUUUCACAGCCGAUCCUCUCGCUCUCUUUAGAGAUGUUUGAUGACGGAUUAAAUGAUGUUCAGGAACUGAAGGUGUCAGGUGGUUUUGUCACGUUGAUGGUGAGAAUAUUCGGAACAUCGGUCAGAUCGUGUGUGAAUAAUUCAGAACCUCUCAUUUUCCCGGAUCAUUCAGAUGUUUUACAUGAACCCUCAGAGAGGUGACGGUACCUUAUUCACAUUCACUGGGUGGUGCAUUCUGGGAUAUCGGAAUCAUAUUAUCGGAGUCAUUUCACACGGUCACAGGGUCUCGAAGGACAGAAUGGAUUUACAUCUUGGAUCUUAAGAUUUGUUCAAAUUGUUCUCUUUAUUCGUUCAGUGUCACAUCUCUUGGAAUUCAGUCGCUGUUGGAAACACUUGAGAUUGAAGAAGCGUUCAUGAGACGUCCCAGCAGACCUUCACACACACACAUCUAGUUCUGUUGAUUGAUGUAAUAUAACUUCAUUGAUAUUAGUUUUGAUUAUUUCAUCCUUUCUCCCACGCAUUCCAGAUGACAUCUUGUUAAAACGUCUUAUUCUUGAGGCCUUCAUAAUCAUAAACAUCAACCAAACCAAACGCAUUCCUGUUAAUCAUUUUGAGAACAACUCUUACUCAAUGAGUCACGUCUAUCAGUUUGUUUACAUACAAAUGACUGUAGAGAAUAAUGGAACGUUUUACUUGAGAGGGAUUGACAGGUGUUGUUCUGGUGAUGUUGUAAAUUAGAUCUCUGUUAUUAUCUUGUGUGAUCUGAUGACAUUAGUUUCUCGAGUAAAUGAGUUUGCACAAUGAUUCUUCAUCAGUUUUAUGAGUUUAAGCAGCAGUUUCCUCUGAACUCUAUGAAGGGUUUCUGUGUGUGUGUGUUUAGACACAGGAUGAAGUCUGAGACAGAAUCAUCUGCUUAACAAAUCAAACGUUAGUCUGAACACAUCUUCUGUUACAUGUUUAUAUGUGUUGAUAUGUUUUUAUUCGGCAGUAUUCACAGUGAGCUUCUGUUGUGUAUUUGUAUAGAUAUCCCUGAAAUAAUUAUUUUCUAAUAAUCCUUUUGAAAUACUGUGAGAUUAUAACUAGAGUUGAUUCUUUGACCAGAUGUUUUAUCUUGUAUAGUGUGUUGGAGAUGAUAGUAAAUGUGAUUUAUGUCAAAUUGUGUCAAACUGUUUGUGUUACAUCAUAAAAGAUCAAUGACUGACACGCAGUGAGGCGUCAGAAACCACACAAAAUGAACUCGCUUAUUUUUUUUCUCUUUUGUUUCGCCAUGAUUUUCUCUUGUUCUCUCGUUUCACUUCUUUGGGUUUUCACUGUUUGUGUCUGUUGGUUUUCUCUUUAAUUUCCCUUUUUUCUCUGGUCUAGCUCUUCUGUUUUUCUUUGGGUGUUAAGGGAUUGGUCUUGAUUUUGAAUUGAACAGAUCUUUUUGGUUGUUGUCAGGGGCGGACUAGCUGUCUGCCGAUCUGUGAGUUUUCCUGGCGGGCCGGUAACGUAUGGGGGCGGAACGGACACUUGGGCUGCGACAGACCCGACCAUGCAACCACCUCCCCAAUCGACCAACCCAACCAUGCAGCCGCCCCCCACCCCGUCGACAGAAAUGUUGGUGGGCCGAUCUGGGCCAAAAAGAUUUUUCUCGGUCGUGCAAGUUGUUUAGAUGUUGUGCGGUUGUUCCGUGGCUCAUCUAGUCUGGUCUCGUGACACGUCACUUUUACAUGUACUUGUUUAUGCUGGCGCGUCUCACACCCAUACAGGCCACGCCGCAGGAGUUUACACUCUCAUGUCCUCAUAAACCUUAACUGACAUGUCAAGGUCAAACGGACGAGCGUGUGCGUGUGUUCUUUCAGCCUACAGUCAUAUUAUUUCCCUAGAAAAAGAAUCUGAAUUUAUUUCAUUUUUCAGCCAGAGUGAAUAAAACGGCACAAAUCCAAAACAAAGCAGCAGUUAUGGUUCAUUAUUGUGAAUAAGGACAUACAUUAGAUAUGAUGUGUUCGUCUACAUCACAUGUGUGAUCUUUAAUAAUGUAGUUUCUGAUGAUUGUAAGAUUACGAGUGAUUUUCCUCUUUCAUCACGGCCUGUGAAGCGAGUGUAAUUGUGACAUUAUCACCGUCUGUCUGAAUGGUUCAGAGCUGUCGUGUGCAGUAUAAAGGUUUCUCUU